AUGACAUGUUUUCUGCGGCAACAGUUGCUGCAGAUAUGUGUUUUUGCAAUGGCGGGUUUCCUGUCCCGUACAUUUGAGAAGCUAAAAUCUUGCAUUUGCGGCCUCGGUUACACUGGUCUUUGGCUGUUUUGGCUCUUCCUAGUUCUUACUGUAAUUUAUUUUCUCCGCAUACCUCUCAAACUGAGUGAAAACGUGUCAUACGCGACCAUGUUUUUGAACACAUUAACCCCCAAGUUCUAUGUGGCCUUAACUGGAACCUCCUCUCUCAUUUCUGGGCUCAUAUUGAUCUUUGAGUGGUGGUACUUCAAGAAAUAUGGGACAUCUUUCAUUGAACAGGUCUCCUUAAACCACAUUUCUCCGUUACUUGGGGGUGGAGACACCUCGAUUGAGAAUGGAACCAUCACCAGCACUUCUGCGACCAGUACCAGUAAUGGUAGUAGCAUAUCCAAUGGUAGUGUGGAAAAUGGGAACCGGACGACGAGUCAGCAGUUAUCUUUACCUGAAUGCAAAGUUUGGCGAAACCCUUUAAACUUGUUCAGAGGAUCAGAAUACCAGAGGUUUAACUGGGCAACCGGCAAGGAACCGUUGACCUACUAUGACAUGAAUCUGUCGGCACAAGAUCAUCAGACUUAUUUUACCUGUGAGGCUGACACAGGGAAACCUGAAUAUGAAAUCAUGCAAAUGGCCUGGCGAGAAAGGAACCCACAGUCUAGGAUAAAAGCAGCUCACAGUGCACUGGAGAAAAAUACAGAGUGUGCCACAGCAAUGGUAUUACUAGCAGAAGAAGAAACAACAACAAUUUUAGAGUGUGAGAAAAUGUUCAAGCAGGCGUAUAAAGCAGCAGAAAACACCUACAGAAAAUCCCAAGCCACACAGCACCAAAAUUCCAUACAAGAGGCACUGCAUCGUCGAGACACAAAUGUGUUGGUGUAUAUAAAACGAAGGCUUGCCAUGUGUGCCAGAAAGCUGGGUAGAACGCGAGAAGCAGUCAAGAUGAUGAGAGAUUUGCUGAAAGAAUCUCCCAUAAUGAACUUCAACAUUCAUGAAAAUUUAAUAGAAGCUUUGCUAGAACUUCAAGCAUAUGCUGAUGUCCAAGCUGUUUUAGCCAGAUUUGAUGAUAUCAGCUUACCCAAGUCAGCCACAAUAUGUUAUACAGCUGCACUACUUAAAGCCAGGGCGGUGGCAGACAAAUUUUCCCCUGAUAUGGCAUCUAAGCGGGGUCUGAGUACAGCGGAAAUGUCAGCAGUAGAAGCUAUUCACAGAGCAGUGGAGUUCAAUCCACAUGUUCCCAAG